AUGUUGGUUGAACCCCAGUCCGUCGAACAGCGUCUUCUGUCGAACUCAUUUGGCCCCUGUGAGGGCGAGCACGAGCUCUACUGGUAUUCGAAUGUCGUAAUAUGGAGUGUAGCGGGUGUGCAGAAGAGAAGAUGGGCUUUCGCUGACCACCACCAAACCGUGACAGGAGUGUGCUUUGCUUGGCUUGAUGGUUCAAAAUUAGAACAAUACCGCGCGCCACCGUCAUCAUCUCAUCGGCCGGCGUCACUGUCUCUCAAGGCUGCUAGGGUAGCAAAGCAGGCUGGGACAUUCAGUCCAUUCACCCAUUUAGACGUGAUUUCCUCGCUCAACUCUCGUUCCAAUCGGUCUACUUGUCCAACCUCCCACAUUAGGGUUAUAUGCAUAUUUCUCCGGGAUAUUGGGUACUUUUACAGCAUGGAUGGCUUAGAAUUUACCAUUAACCUGCCCUUCACGGUUAAACGCGUCUCGGAGCUCCUCCCAGUCGGUGUUCUGUUACACGCAGCCCUCAACGUCUCGGACGAGAAAGAAUCCCGAAAACGUGGAUCUCCUAUGAUGCCCCUGCUGUACUCUAUUACCUCUCCAUUUGAUGAGCCACGCCCCAUCAUCUUCGCCUCGGAAAUCAUUGGCGGGAUGUCCUGUGCUCCACCAGGACGAUCCCCCUCGGAUGAUCUCCCACGUAUCGUCUAUAGCCCUGACCUCACCCCCUCAUUAAAUGGAACGACCAUAUUGAUUGCCACGCUGGACGCUGAGGCUGUCUCGCUGAGGCUAUUCCGAUAUGUCUAUAUCAAGCGGAACGAUCGACCUAGUCCACUGCCUCGUCUAAGCUCAAAAAAUGCUCGGCGACCUGGUUCUUUAGCCUCUAGCGUCGGAGUCGUGUCACCCUCUCUCGAUCCAGUGGCCACCUUUGGGAGUGCUGCAAAUCGGAAUCUGACUGCGGAGUUUGAACAGCUCAUGAGGGCGUCCGGGGAUUCGGAGACUGAAAAGACAAGAAGGUCGUCCCUCCCGAGAGCAGGGCCGGACACGAUGCUAGAUCGCCUGGCCAUCGGUGGAACUGGUGUGGACGAGUUACGUCAAUCUGGGACCCCGGACCACAUUGGGCUCCCAACUAUGGAUGAAGUGGCCUCCGGAUCACCCAUUCCUGGGCGUUACCCAGAUAACAAGCGUGUAAAUGCCGAAUUUUUCGUGGAGAAACUUUGGGAGCUCCGAGUAACUGAUGACAUAAUAUCGAAUCCGGCCACUGUCCAGGUCGUGCAGUUCGACGCACGGUUAACUCAGUCCACUGUCGGCAUUGCUCUGCAGUCUCGAACCUCUUCUGUGCUGCACGUGGUGAGAGUGGAACCUGGGGGUGAUGAUCGUCUAACAGCGCGGUAUCAGCAAGCAAUACCGAAUGUCAUAAGCAUAGCACCAGUCCAGAGCACACGAUCCGGAGCCGAAAAGGACGGUAUCAAGGAUCUUCUCUGUUUGCGCAACGACGGUUCACUGUUUCUUCUUUGUCCUGGUGGUACAAUAGAGGUAGCUUUGAGACAUGACGCGCUAUCCAAAAGUGAUCGCCUAUCCAUCUCGCAGUCACCUUCGCCCUCUAAUCAUGCAGCCAGCACUUCGCAAGUACCCGUGAAAUUACUCAAUGCAGUUCGCUCAGGGGUGUCACUACAAUAUUCCGACGGCUCGUUGAUACGUCUAAACACGGACCUCACUCCUCAACACGAACUUAUCCAGCGAUGCUUUCAAGCUCUCUCUCAUGUCUGCUCCGCUUCGCGACUCCUUUCCAUUAGGAAGGAGUAUUUGGUCAACUGGUUGCGCACCGGAAGUUGCGGCAGCAUCAGGGAAGAGUUUGCUUGUUUCUCAAGAGCCGUGAUGAGGAACCUGGGACGAUUCCAGAAGAACGAAUUUGCGGCGAUGGACCCUAGCCAUGAUACUGAUGCAUGGUCGAAGUUGGCCUUCCAUCACGUUCAUUCGUACCUACGGAACGACCCAGCAUUACUUCACCUUCACCUUCCGUUUGCCGCUUCUGCGAAAUCGCCCGACCACAGAUCUGACUCACUUUCGUAUAACGAAUGCGGAGCAAUUCUCCACGGUCUCCAUUUGCUCGCAGAAGAAUUCAAGCUCGACAGCUAUCAUAAAGCGGAUCUGGACAUUUUGGUACCGUUGCUUGUGGAUAUCGCGAAGUUCGUUGGCGCGGAUUGGGCGGAUUAUUGGAUUAGGUUGGUUCCGGAUGCAUCUGACAGUUGGGACUUAUCUGCCUCUCUGCAUACGUUGAGCCCUGUACCCGUUCCCGAUCUGGGUAAUUAUCUCAACUCUGUGUUGGGCUCUAGCAGUCAUCAAGGCUCGCAUGUGAUCUUGCCAUCGGUUUACAAACUCUAUCAGCUUUCACCCUCCCUCGAGUAUGGAACCUCAUCUCCAACGCCCUUAUCUGAGAGUGUCAUUUCGAUAUAUUCUGCCCUCAGGGGCGGGGAUUUAGAUCCUUCUACCACGAGAGAACGGGCACAGAGUGCCGUCAAAAAGAUGGCAGAUCUCCAUUUUUCUCCAGCCGACAUCGACCGUUUGCCUCUCGGCCUCUCCGCUCCUAUCCGGGAAGCGAUAAAAACUUGCCAACUUCUUCCUCCUUCAGAUUGGAGCCAAGAGGCGUAUUUGUUGAUUGGUCGCAAUGAUAUUGCGCAGAUGACAACCAAUGGAGAGGAGGUGGAUCCAUUCACUUUCGGCGAGGCUUACCAGCUCCGGGAUCAUGCGGAAAAGGACCAGGUUUUCGAGACGAUAGAUUGCAUCGCUGAUCAAGCGAGCAUUCUCGCUGCGUCUCGUCAUGAAACAACAAAAGAGCUUGAUCCUAAUAGGCUCGAUUUUGCGCGCAUCCGUUUUUCCGAAGACCAAAGACUUGCCGAAGUUGAUUCAAUACUCAAUCCUAAUAAGCUUCAGAUUGUUAAAAUCCCAGAACGACAAGAUCUGAACGAACAUGAAUUAGCAAAAGAGCUCGCUGCGACUGUUUAUCACAUCAUUGAACGAACCUUUUCACUAGCAUUUGGCAGAGCAAUAUUUUUGUUCGGUUCGCUUCCCAAGCUUGCACGCGAUGAAUUUUCUAUACCUCCACUCGUGCUUGAUGUCAAGUUCGUUCCCCAUAAUGUGACUUAUCCGGCGGACCUCUCCAAAACUCACACCGAAGCAAAAGCCUGGGCAGAGUUCCAUAACGGUGUAGCUGCAUCUCUGCGCAUCAGCACCUCUGCUCGGGGCAUCGACAGUGCUUGGAUCGCGUAUAACAAACCCCACGAGUUAACUGCAGAGCAUGCAGGAUAUUUAUUGGGUUUAGGACUAACUGGUCACCUUCGAAGUUUGUGGAACUGGCACGGCUAUCGUUACCUCGUUCCCAAGCAUGAACUCACGUCCAUUGCUAUUCUUCUUGGGCUCGGGGCUGCUCAUGUUGGGCUGGCGGACUCGGAUAUUACUCGAAUACUGACCAUCCAUAUGCGACCUUUACUUCCGCCCGACUCAGCCGAACUUGGAAUCCCGUUGGGGGCUCAGUCUGCCGCACUCAUGGGCCUCGGUCUUCUGUACCUUGGGACCAUGGACCGCGCAAUGGCUGAUGUGGCAUUGGAAGAAAUGAGUGCAUCUCGGCGGUUGGGAGGUCCCGAGAUCAGUAACGAACAUAAGGAGGCCUAUACAAUUACGGCCGCUUUAGCGUUCGGGAUGAUUAUGUGCGGUCACGGGUCCGAAGCAAGCGGGCCAUCAGAUACGAAGAAUGUCCAGACGCUACGGGCCUUCGUGGACGGAAAGCAACCAGGAGACCAAACGAGACUCAAAACACCCCAGGAAGCCCUUCCGACCGCGGAAGUGAAUAUGAACUUCGUGUCACCAGCGGCUACCAUUGCUCUGGCUCUCAUGUAUCUCAAAACUAAUCGAGCUGAUAUUGCUGCAUCAUUCGCCCUGCCGCCGGAUCCUGCAGGACUUCGCGAGAUUCAGCCUAGUCUUUUACUGCUCCGUGCUCUCGGCAAGUCGCUGGUAAUGUGGGAUGACAUUGAGCCGUCGGUUACAUGGGUGCUAUCUCAAGCCCAGGGAGCUCCUAAGGACCUGACAAAGAAACAAAUACAAGAGGGUGUCAAGGACCUUUACGAAUACGCCUUUUUCAAUAUCCUCUCGGGGGCUUGUUUAGCAAUAGGAUUGAAGUAUGCCGGAACAGCGAAAACAACGGCCAAUCAAGUGCUAAUUCACUUUCACGAUAAGUUGCUUGAAAAUUUGAGAAGGCAACCCAACGGACAAACAUUCGAAUUGCAAUUACGCCGCUCAGCAAUCAGGGAAGCAAUCAACGUUGUAGACUUGGCGCUCGGGAUUGUGAUGGCAGGAACAGGAGAUGUGGCAUGUAUGCAACGUUUCCGCGUUCGUCAUGGCUUGUUUGGUCCUCAGUUUAAAUACGGCGCCCACAUUGCCACGCACAUGGCUAUGGGAUUCCUAUUCCUCGGGGGAGGACGCUACACAUUAGGGACAUCCAACGCUGCCAUAGCCUGCCUCGUGGCUGCGCUCUAUCCCAGAUUUCCACUACACUCUAAUGAAACAAGAGGUUUGCUACAAGCUUUCAGGUAUCUGUGGGUGAUUGCUGUUGAACCGCGCUGCUUGAUCGCGCGAGAUGCCGACACCAAUGAAAUUGCUCGUAUUCCCAUCAAGUUCAAAGUUGCAGAACCCGAUGAACCGAUCAGGACUCACCACUUCACAUGUCCCACUCUGCUUCCUGACUUCGGCCGAUUUGUCUCCCUUAAGAUUGAUAGCCCCCGGUACUGGCCAUUUGUCCUCGACAUAGCGGGUAACGAACGAAACAGAGAUAACCUGUUACGCACCCAGACGAUCUACGUAAAACGCAGAACCGGUUUUCUCGCUUACGCGAGCGAUCCGAUGGGCUUCCAAAGUCUGUCAAUAUGGAAUGGAUCACCCGUUGGGGAUCCAUCUAUUCUUGAUUUCCCAAAACAAGUCCUAGCUUCAGCUACUGCGAGUGCGCAGUCGAGUCCCAGCACAAUAUGGCUUCCCCGAUCCUUUGAUGACAUGCGUCACUUCACAACUCAGAGUUCAAACGAUCCUGCAUUACUGGCAUUCGCGGAUCGAUUUUGCAGGCAUCCAGGCUUAAACCCAGCAGAAUCCAUGACCACAGCCUAUUGUCAACAAUCUCUUCUUGAGGUUCUUUCCGCAGACAAGCCUCAAGUCUUGGAAUCCCUUCUCACCUUAUACCUCGCCCGUAUCAAAACAUCGGAGAAUACCCCUCAGCGUCCUUUGCAAGUAAAAGACGUUAUCCUCGCUCACGAUUUCUAUGUAUUACUGUUCAGGUUACACGGGGGUCUUGCUGAUUCAACUCAAAGGCAGCCUUUGCUCCGCAUCGCAGCUUUGCAAGCAACCAUGGCGCAACUGGGGACUGAGGUGGAUGCAUUACGUCGUGAUGCGGGUUUUAUGGCCUGCUACAGGGCAUAUGUCAGGGGAGAGGACAUUAAAACUGCGCUGGCCUCAACACGAGCAUCCCUUGGUAUCGAUGAAGAAACUGAGGAGUGGACCAGUGCCGUAGAUCUCAGAACGAGAAAACGCCAGCUGUCCCUUUUCCUGAUCAACGAGCGAGUUCCGUCCGCUCAAACAUUAUAUGCACUCCGACGACUGGCAAUGAGCGCAUUGUCAGAGUACCGAGGGCAUUCUGGAAACCCUGCAGGCUCGGACGAGCCAUCUCGCACUGAUCGUUACACGAGCAGAAAUUCCCUUGCCCUCGUGGUACAGAAAACAGCGCUGUCCGUCGGGGGAAACAGAAACGCCGUAUGGUCCUUGGAAUCCGUAUACGAAGUGCUCGACUUUUGGGCAUCGUGAUAAUAUAAACACGUUGAGCAGCGCAGUGAUCGUAUCAUUAUAUUAAAUAACUGGUGGACGCCGCCUGGCGCGGCAAGUACCCGCUACUCAUUCCACUUAGCAGGCAGACUGUUGAGGUGUUCUUCAUGGAGUGUUACAUCGCGUACAGAGGGUUGUUGUGUAUUAGCCAUUCCAGUGCCAGCCGUACUUUUUCCUGUCUCACUAUUAAUGGCCACGCAUUCUUUAAUAGCCACUCUUUGGUGGGGUGACAUGACCAACAAAUACGACACAAAGGGAGUAAUGACCUCUUCGAGUGCAGGUGGUAAAAAUGGAGACAGAGCCUCAGGGAACACAAUCACAUGACCUUUCAAAGCCCGCUGAGCAGUGGGAUUGAUAGAAGUAUUAGGAGGACCGAUGGAAUGCUCGCGGACAAGGAAUCAUCGUG